CUCCCAUUACGAGAGGUGCCCGCUGCGCCCGGCUCUAUGGGCCCGGCAUGAAUGAUCUAUGUCCCUUUUUCAACUAGCGAUUUAUAUAAUUGGAAACAACAAAACCCCCCUUUCUCGGAGCAACCACAAGCUCUGAUAAGUUUAUUGGAGUCUGUAUUCCGGACCCACCAACCCACUUGGGACGAUUGUCAACAGAUUUUACAAACUUUGUUCACCUCAGAGGAGAGGGAGAGGAUACGCGCUGAGGCAAUUAAGGCUGUGGUCGGGGAUGAUGCUGGCCCCAAGGGCUUAGAUGAUGAACUGCCUCAACGACCCCCAGAAUGGGAUCCAAACACUGGGGAGGGGAUGCAGAGGUUACACACUUAUCACCAAAACCUCCUCAGGGGUCUAAGGGGCGCUGCUAAGAAACCCACCAAUUUAGCAAAAGUAGCAGCCACUAUGCAAGGGAAGGACGAAUCUCCCACGGCCUUUUUAGAAAGAUUAUUAGAGGCCUACAGAACUUAUAUCCCCUUAGACCCGGAUGCAGAUGGGAAUAGACGGAUGGUCAACAUGGCCUUCGUCUCACAGUCAACCCCAGACAUCAGAAAGAAACUGCAGAAAUUAAAAAAUCAAUGCGCCUUCUGCAAGACUAUGGGACACUGGAAUAAAGAUUGCCCCAAGCUAAUGGGAAGAAAAGCACAAGAAACCCCUGCACACUUACUCCUAGAGACUGAGGAAGAUUAGGGGGGUCAGGGUUCCAUCAAUUUAGGCCCCCAGGAACCCAUGUUAACCCUGAUGGUUGAGGGAAAACAAACUGACUUCCUUGUCGACAUGGGGGCCACCUAUUCGGUCCUGCAGCAGGCCUCUGGAAAGCUCUCCUCCCAAAAGACAUCGAUUAUAGGGGCAACAGGAAAGCCAAAAGCAUACCCAUGGACCAAAGCCAGAAUCACUGAUCUCGGGAAGGGCACUAUUACUCACUCCUUCCUUGUAAUGCCCGACUGCCCCUACCCAUUGCUUGGCAGAGACCUGCUGCGAAAGCUGAAAGCAUCUAUAACUUUUCAAGACAAUAGCACAACUCUAAGCUUAGGGAACCAACAACCUUCCACUAUCAUGGUUACAGUACCCCUUUCUGAGGAAUAUCUCCUUCAAGAGGAAAUGCCACCUCCCACUGGGGAAAGUAACUCACAGGAUGUCUUGACUAAAUUAGCCAUACAGAUUCCUGAAGUUUGGGCUGAAACAAACCCACCGGGGCUAGCCUCUCACCAGCCCCCUAUCAUUGUGCAAUUGGCCAGCACUGCUACUCUCAUUCAAGUAAGACAAUACCCAAUUCCCCAAAAGGCCAAGGAAGGGAUUGCCAAACAUAUUAAGAGGCUGAGAGAUGCAGGCAUUUUAAUUCCAUGUCAGUCCCCCUGGAACACCCCAUUGUUGCCCGUGAAGAAACCGGGAACGGAAGAUUAUAGGCCAGUUCAGGAUUUGCGGGAGGUAAACAAAAGGGUUGAGUCUAUCCACCCUACUGUGCCUAACCCAUAUACCCUCCUGAGUCUUUUACCUCCAGACAAGGUUUACUACUCAGUCCUGGACCUCAAAGAUGCCUUCUUCACCCUGCCGCUUGCUGCGAAGAGCCAACCCAUCUUUGCCUUUGAAUGGACAGACCGAGGGGGUUUCUCAGGCCAGCUUACCUGGACCAGACUCCCUCGGGGCUUCAAGAACUCUCCCACCAUUUUUGAUGAAGCCCUGAGCCGGGACCUCCUCAACUUCCGAGACAGCCACCCACAGGUAACCCUGCUCCAAUAUGUAGAUGACCUACUCCUAGCUGCCCGGACCUCCGAUGAAUGCCUUGCUGCCACCCGAGCCCUUCUCAUUGAGUAAGGCAAACUUGGGUACCGGGUAUCCAUGAGAAAAGCCCAAAUCUGUGUCAAGAAAGCCACCUACUUGGGUUACCAUUUAGAGGAAGGGAAACGCACCUUAUCCUCAGGAAGAAUCCAAGCAAUCCUUGGGAUCCCAAAGCCAACCACCAAAAGGCAGAUACGAGAAUUUCUAGGCACAGUUGGAUAUUGCAGACUGUGGAUUCUAGGGUUUGCAGAAAUUGCAAGACCCCUCUAUUCAUGUACGGGGGGAAAGGAACCUGAUUUAACUUGGACUGAAAGGGAAGAAGAGGCUUUUGAAAGACUUAAACAGGCGCUUGCCUCAGCCCCUGCCCUUGCCUUGCCAGAUACCACCAAACCUUUCCAGCUUUUUGUUGCAGAACGCAAAGGCAUAGCAAAAGGAGUCCUAACCCAGACUCUGGGACCAUGGAAACGCCCAAUUGCUUAUCUCUCCAAACAGCUUGACCCUGUUGCUGCAGGCUGGCUGUCCUGCAUGAGAGCAAUAGCUGCAACUGCUCUCCUUGUCAAGGAGGCGCAGAAGCUGACCUUAGGCCAGGACCUCCAAAUCAUCGGAGGCCACACCACUGAAGCCUUACUCAGGUAUCCUCCUGACAGAUGGAUUUCCAACGCUCGCCUCACUCAAUAUCAGGUACUAUUAUUGAACCCACCACAGAUUACCUUCUCCAAGUCUACUGCCCUCAGCCCAGCUACCUUACUCCCCGACGGGAAUCAAGGAGAACUGCUCCACGAUUGCCACUCGUUACUAGACUCCAUAGAGGGAACCAGACCGGACCGCAAAGACGAGCAAAUAGCCAACUCUGACUAUGACCUCUAUACUGACGGCAGCAGUUUCAUCAAGGAUGGAACUCGGUAUGCCGGGGCAGCAGUAGUCACCAACUGGGCUCAGGCCUUGCCCCACGGAACUUCUGCACAGAAAGCAGAACUGAUUGCCCUGACACAGGCACUCAACUGGGCAAAAGGCAAGAGGGUCAACAUCUACACUGACAGCCGCUAUGCCUUUGCAACUGCUCAUGUGCAUGGAGCCCUAUACCGAGAAAGGGGGCUCCUCACAUCAGCUGGGAAAGAAAUUAAAAAUAGAGAAGAAAUACUCAAUCUCUUAGCAGCCAUCUGGCAACCUAAGGCUGUGGCCAUUGUUCACUGCAGAGGGAACCUUACCCCUUAUGAAAUCCUCUAUGGGAGACCACCACCUGUUAUCCCUAAGAUUCACUAUGACCACAUAGGCGAAUUAUCUAAACAGGGGCUUCUCAAGUCUUUGCAGGCCAUCAAAGUCAUCAGAAGAGAAGCCCGCCUCUCAGCCAAGGAAAGAAAACAACCCACUGAAGCGGAACCACCCCCACUGGACAUUGAGCCUGGUGACUGGAUUUGGAUCAAGAAGUUUAACAAGGAAACCCUCGAACCUACCUGGGAUGGGCCCCACUUGGUAAUUCUGACAACCCCCACAGCCUUUAAGGUGUCUAAUAAGAGACCGUGGAUUCACCACACCCAGGUAAAGAAAGCACACUCUGAUCAGAUCCCAAAGAAAUGGGCUCUUUUCAAGGAUCCCACAGACCCUCUAAAACUCAAGUUUACUGCAUCCUCUUGA